AUGUUGCCCUACUUCACGGACCAAUAUGGUAAUCCUCACAGCCGGACGCACGCAUACGGAUGGGAAGCAGAGAAGGCCGUGGAGGAUGCAAGAAAGCACGUUGCGGACUUGAUUGGUGCCGAUCCAAAAGAUAUCGUCUUCACUUCUGGAGCAACCGAAACGAACAACAUGGCCAUCAAGGGCGUGGCUCGAUUCCACAAAGACAAAAAGCGGCAUAUCAUCACGACGCAAACUGAGCACAAAUGCGUACUGGACUCAUGCCGGAAACUCCAAGAGGAGGGCUUCGAUGUGACCUAUCUGCCAGUUCAAAAAAACGGUGUCAUUGAUCUGGCGGAACUCGAGAAGGCUAUCCGACCGGAUACAUCCCUUGUUUCUAUAAUGACAGUGAACAACGAGACGGGUGUUAUCCAGCCCAUCAAAGAAAUCGGUGCUCUGGUUCGGAAGCACCGCGGAGUCUACUUCCACACCGAUGCUGCUCAGGCCGCAGGGAAGAUUCCCGUCGACGUAAACGAGUCAAACAUCGACCUCAUGAGUCUGUCGGGACACAAAAUCUACGGUCCGAAAGGCGUGGGUGCCGCAUACGUGCGCCGGCGACCUCGCGUCCGGUUGGAACCGAUUAUCAAUGGUGGUGGACAGGAGCGUGGGUUGAGGAGCGGGACGCUGCCCACGGCGUUGAUUGUGGGCAUGGGCGAGGCGGCCCGGAUAGCCAAGAUGGAGAUGGCGAGGGAUCAUGCUCGGGUUAAGCAGCUUUCGGACCGCCUGAUCCAGGGCAUUAACUCGCAAGUCCAGCACGUUGUGCGGAACGGAGACCCGGAUGGGUACCCCGGGUGUGUCAACCUGAGUUUCGCAUACGUUGAGGGCGAGAGCUUGUUAAUGGCGCUCAAGGACAUCGCGUUAUCAUCCGGGAGCGCUUGUACGUCCGCGUCAUUAGAGCCGUCGUAUGUCCUCCGCGCGUUAGGCGCGGCCGAGGACAUGGCGCACUCGUCGCUGCGGUUCGGCCUUGGCCGGUUCACGACGGAGGCGGAGGUGGAUUUCGUUGUGGAGAAGCUCGUGGCGACCGUACAGAAGUUGCGUGAUAUGAGUCCGCUUUGGGAGAUGGUGCAAGAGGGCAUCGAUAUCAGUUCCAUUGACUGGUCUCAACACUAA